CCGGGACUCGCUCCUUGGGGUCGCGGGUGCACUCCGGCCCCGCUCCCGCCUCGGCCCGGAUGGACGCCGCUCUCCUCCUCGUCCUCGGGCUGCUGGCCCAGAGCCUCUGCCUGUCUUUGGGGGUUCCUGGACAGAGGAGGUCCACCACCCUGUACCCCUGGCGCCGGGCGCCUGCCCCGAGCCGCGUGCGGAGGGCCUGGGUCAUCCCGCCGAUCAGUGUAUCCGAGAACCACAAGCGUCUCCCCUACCCCCUGGUUCAGAUCAAGUCAGACAAGCAGCAGCUGGGCAGCGUCAUCUACAGCAUCCAGGGACCCGGCGUGGACGAGGAGCCCCGGGGCGUCUUCUCUAUCGACAAGUUCACGGGGAAGGUGUUCCUCAAUGCCACGCUGGACCGUGAGAAGACCGACCGCUUCAGGCUAAGAGCGUUUGCCCUGGACCUGGGAGGAUCCACCCUGGAGGACCCCACGGACCUGGAGAUUGUAGUUGUGGAUCAGAACGACAACCGGCCAGUGUUCCUGCAGGAGGCGUUCACCGGCCGCGUGCUGGAGGGCGCAGCCCCAGGCACCUAUGUGACCAGGGCGGAGGCCACAGAUGCCGACGACCCCGAGACGGACAACGCAGCACUGCGGUUCUCCAUCCUGCAGCAGGGCGGCCCCGAGCUCUUCAGCAUCGACGAGCUCACAGGCGAGAUCCGCACCGUGCAAGUGGGGCUGGACCGUGAGGUGGUCGCGGUGUACAAUCUGACCCUGCAGGUGGCAGACAUGUCCGGAGACGGCCUCACAGCCACUGCCUCAGCCAUCAUCACCCUUGAUGACAUCAAUGACAAUGCCCCCGAGUUCACCAGGGACGAGGUGCUGCUGCUGUCCCUCCCUCAAAACCCUGCUGUGACGGGCUGUGCUUCCUUCCCUCAGGCCUUGGACUAUGAGAGCUGUGAACACUACGAGCUCAAAGUGUUGGUGCAGAAUGAGGCCCCGCUGCAGGCAGCUGCCCCCAGGGCCGAGCGGAGCCAGGCCAAGGUCCGCGUGCAUGUGCAGGACACCAACGAGCCCCCCGUGUUCCAGGAGAACCCACUUCGGACCAGCCUAGCAGAGGGGGCACCCCCAGGCACUCUGGUGGCCAUCUUCUCUGCCUGGGACCCUGACACAGAGCAGCUGCAGAGGCUCAGCUACUCCAAGGACUACGACCCGGAAGACUGGUUGCAAGUGGACGCAGCCACUGGCCGGAUCCAGACCCAGCGGGUGCUAAGCCCGGCGUCCCCCUUCCUCAAGGGCGGCUGGUACAGAGCCAUUGUCCUGGCCCAGGAUGACGCCCCCCAGCCCCGCACCGCCACCGGCACCCUGUCCAUUGAGAUCCUGGAGGUGAACGACCACGCACCCGUACUGGCCCUGCCGCCACCAGGCAGCCUGUGCAGCGAACCGCACCAGGGUCCCGGCCUCCUCCUGGGCGCCACGGAUGAGGACCUGCCCCCCCACGGGGCCCCCUUCCACUUCCAGCUGAGCCCCAGGCUCCCAGAGCUCGGCCGGAACUGGAGCCUCAGCCAAGUCAACGACACGCCCUUUCCCAAGCUCCGCCCCCUCAACCCCUUCCCUGGUUACCAGCCAUGCUCCCUUUUGCCCCGCCCCGCCCCCUCUUCCCACCUCCCUCGCAGCCCGGCCCCUGAAGUCGCGUCCUGUUCCUGGCCCCAGCCUGCGUCCCCUCAUUCCCCAGUGCUAGUCCUGCUCGUGGCACUCCGGGCACGGUUCCGGCAGCAGUCGCGGGGCAAGGGGCUGCUGCACGGCCCCCAGGACGACCUUCGAGACAAUGUCCUCAACUACGAUGAGCAGGGAGGCGGGGAGGAGGACCAGGACGCCUAUGACAUCAGCCAGCUGCGUCACCCGACAGCGCUGAGCCUGCCUCUGGGGCCGCCGCCACUUCGCAGAGAUGCCCCACAGAGCCGCCUGCACCCGCAGCCACCCCGAGCGCUGCCCACCAGCCCCCUGGACAUCGCCGACUUCAUCAGUGAUGGUUUGGAGGCUGCAGAUAGUGACCCCAGUGUGCCGCCUUACGACACAGCCCUCAUCUAUGACUACGAGGGUGAUGGCUCGGUGGCGGGGACCCUGAGCUCCAUCUUGUCCAGCCAGGGCGAUGAGGACCAAGACUACGACUACCUCAGGGACUGGGGGCCCCGCUUCGCCCGGCUGGCAGACAUGUACGGGAACCCAUGAGGGUCGGAGCAAGGGGCCAGAUGGGACCACGGGGCCAGGGAGGGUCUUUCUCCCAGGGCACCUCUACCCAGACACAGAGGCCGGACAGCCUGACCCUGGGGCACAACUGGACACGCCACUCCCCGGCCGCGUGGCAGCGAUGGCCCCUGCAGAGGCAGCCUGAGGUCACCGGGCCUGACUCCCACGGGCCUGGGGCAGCCUCCUUCCUGCAGGCGAGGGCCCAAGUCUGGGGGCAGAACCUGAGUGUGGAUGGGGCAGCCAGGAAGAGGACCCUUCCUGCCGGGGUGGGAAAAGUUUCUCUCCUUCGGCCCCAUGGGGGUCACCCCCCUAGUCCCACCUUUGCCUCCUACCAGUGGAUCUCAUCUUUGUACGAAAGACAGAAACCUCCUGGGUAAAUCUGAAUGAAAACCGUGCUAGUCUCUCUCAUG